AUGGAAAAUGGCUUCUCUCCUCCUUUUCCCACCGUUCGCAAUCACCCACCGCUCUUCUCAACCACAACACCACCACCACUCCACCUCUCAGUAACAAGCCCAAAGGCCUCCAAUGGAGACCAAUACCUCAGCUCUAAUGGAGGCCAAACCAAAAUCAAAAGAAGAGUGAGAAUUUGGGAUUGUCUUGUUCCUUUAGAACAGCAACGAGUGAGGGAGUACAAGGCUUUGGCUAGCUCUGCCCUCUUCUCGUGGGCGGCUGGCAAUGUUGGGCACAAAGGGCAAAGGUUGGCAGCAGUUGGCCCAGGGUUUGCAGUACUCCUCGGGUGGCCUACGGCUUGCUUCGGGGCAAUGCUUCACCACAAUAAUCUGGGUUUGAAUUCUUUGGAUUCAGAGAGAGAGGUGAUGAGUUCUUUGGUGGGAUCAGCUUGCGUUGGGCUUGUCGUCGCAAACCUUGCGGCUCUCUGA